AUGGCCGUGACACUGUUAGAGGAUUGGUGCAAGGGGAUGGACCUGGACCCCCAGAAAGCCCUACUGAUUGUGGGGAUCCCUGUGGAGUGUACUGAGGAUGAAAUUAAAGAUACUGUGAAGGCAGGCUUACAGCCCUUUUACCCAUACAGGGUUCUGGGCAUAAUGUUUAGACGGGAAGACAAUGCUAAGGCAGUCUUCAUUGAAUUGGGUGACACCAUCAAUUAUGCUACAAUACCCAGUCAGAUACCAGGAAAGGGAGGUGCCUGGGAAGUGGUGGUAAAACCCCGUAACCCAGAUGAGGAAUUCAUCAAUAGAUUGAGCUACUUCCUGAAGGAUGAGGGCCGGAGGAUGGUAGAUGUGGCCAAAGCCCUGGGGUAUAGCCCUCCCACUGAGACCAAGGAACCACAGAAUAUUUCCCCAGUUGAACCAAUAGUUUUGCAGCCUCUGAAAGAAAACAUGUGGUACCGAAAACUCAAAAUGUUUUCAGGAACUGCCCUCCCAAGCCCAGGUGAAGAGGACUUUGAAGUCUGGCUGGAGCAUGUCACUGAGAUGAUGCAAAUGUGGCAAGUGUCUGAAGUGGAGAAGAGAAGGCGUUUGCUGGAGAGUCUGCACGGCCCAGCUCUGUCCAUCAUGCGGGUGCUCUGGGUCAAUAAUGACUCUCUGACUGUGGAGCAAUGCCUGGAUGCCCUGAAGCAGAUCUUUGGGAAUAAAGAGGACUAUAGAACCUCACAGUUUAAGUUCCUCCAGACCUGUCAGAAGAGUGGAGAGAAAAUGCCUGUGUUUUUGGUGCGGUUAGAGCCCCUGCUGCAGAAAGCCGUGCAGCACAGUCCCUUGUCAAUGAGAAGUGUGGAUAUAAUUCGCCUGAAACAUGUCCUAGCUCGGGCCAACGUGACCAACAGCCUCCGGGGCAAGCUCGAGCUCCUGGAUCAGCGAGGAUGUCCUCCCACUUUUCUGGAAUUAAUGAAGCUCAUUCGAGAUGAAGAGGAGUGGGAGACCAGCAUGGCAGUGACAAAGCAGAUGCAAAGACCUGUAGGAAGGGGCCGCAAGGUCUCCAGCAGACAAGUAUUAGAAGAAACCAGUGAUCCUAUCACACCUCAGGUCAUCGCACCAGCGUUUUGUGAGAGCAGCACUCAGACCAUUCAGAAAGGAAUUGCCUCGUCAUUGAAGCGCAAGCAACUGUCCUGCCACUCUAAUGGAGAGGAAGACCUCAACCAGGCCACAUGCCCUAAGGUUGAAAACAUAACACCACCAAAGCAGAACUCUUACCUUGAAGCAGAAGAGUCGGGAAACGAGGCAGGGGCUGGGGCCGUGAGCCAUCCCAAGCCCUAG